AUGUCUGGGGUGUUCCGAUUUCUUAAAAAAGCCCUUGGAUUCUCGAGAACCCCGGACAAGGUCGCCAGUGGCCUCCAAAAUGCUGUCGAAAGAGAUUUGACCCGGUUUGCAGAGGGCGACAGAGUACUUGUGGAUGGAUCGAAGCUCACCUUUCCACUGCAGCGGAACUCGAGGUACGCGUUUUCUAAGGGACAGCUCGCCUUGAACGACAUUAUCGGCAAGCCAGUCACUUCUACAUACGUUCGAUCCUCGAAAGGAUCGCUGCACAAGGUCGAACUCCCAUCGCUUGAGGACUACGUCACGCUCACGCCUCGGCUUGUGACCCCGGUCUACGCCAGCUAUGCGUCGUCGAUCGUCUCCUUGUUAGACAUCCACCCUGAGCCACAUACGGCAAACUCGAACCGCAAUGUUGGAGCGCGUCGCCUGCAGAUUCUAGAAGCGGGCACGGGCCAUGGUAGUCUCACUCUGCAUCUUGCUCGAGCCAUAGCAGCUGCAAACCCACCUCCUCCCGCCAGCGAGCUCCCUAUCCUACGCAGAACCGUGGACAAGAAGCCCACGCAGUCAUCGUCUAUUCCCGAAGAUGAUUCACCCGGAUCGAAUUCGCUCGAGCGGCUGUGGGACGAAUGGAAAGAGACACGUGGUGCGGUCCUACACACAGUGGAAGCAGUUCCUGCGAACAGCAUCCACGCAGAAAAAGUGGUGCGCGGAUUCCGCCGAGGUCUAUACUGGCCACAUGUGGAUUUCUACACAGGAGAUGUGAAAGAGUGGAUCGCACGCCACCAGAACUCCAAGGACGAGUUCCUCGACUACGUCCUCCUCGAUAUGCCUGGCGUACAUAAUCACAUCCAAAAUAUUGUGCCCGCAAUGCGCGACGCGGCCAAACUGGUUGUGUUUGUGCCUUCAAUCACACAAAUCGCGGAUUGUGUGAAGGUCGUUCGAGAGCUAUCCUUGCCGCUGAACAUGGACAAGGUCUUGGAACUAGGUGAGGGUAUAAGUUCGGGGAGGAAGUGGGACGUGAGGCUUGUGAAGCCAAGGAAAAGUACCACGCCCACGACCACUACGGAGACUCAACCGAUAGGUCACGAGCAGGAGCCCAUAGUUGUCUCGAAGCCUGAAAAUGAGAAGGAGCAUCGGGACAGCGCAGUCGACGAGGCCAUCGACGAUGAGGAGCCUGCCGACGGCGAGACUUCCUCGAUAUCGCAAGAUGACCAUCCAGUUAUGGUUUGCCGCCCGCUUGUCGGUGAGCGCACGUUCGGAGGCGGUUUCAUCGCGCUGUUCAGGAAGACCUCAUCUGCAUCCGCAGCUCUGGAUGCGGAAUGGCGCAAGAGUCACACAGGGAGGGCUAAGAGACGAAGUCGCUAG